ACCAUAUGUUUAAAGUUAGCACCUGGCAACAACAACAACAGCAACACCUGUCCUGAGCGGGAAAUUUGAAGAACAAACAACACGCAUGCGUAAUACGAGCGAGACCCAAGAUGGCGACGGUGGACUCUUCCACAACAUCAAGUUCCCAUGGCCACGACACCGGCAGCGGUCAUGGCGACAAGGAGCCGUGCUGUGGGGCCGUGCAGUGUAAGGAUGGCAAGGUGGAACCCGUGGACAUCUUUUAUGCCGCCAAACUUGGUAUGCUGAUUCCUUGUCAGGAGUUUAUAGAACACCUGGGCACGGCAGUGCUACACACCUGUGAUGAGAAAGGCCACACCCCGCUGCACUGGGCAGCCCUGGGCGGACACACCGCCGUCGUACGAUACUUCAUCGACUGCAAGGCGCCGCUGGACAAGCAGAGCGAGAACAAGCUGGGACCACGCCCCAUCCACUGGGCGUGUGUGCGCGGCCAUGUCGGGAUCGUGGACCUGUUGUUACAGCAGGGCGUGCCGAUAGACACCCCCGACAGUAAGGGGUGUACGCCACUCAUUCUGGCUUGUCAGUAUGGACAGACUAUAGUCGCUGCAUACCUGAUGAGCAAGGGUGCACGCUUACAGAUGCUGGACCAUGAAGGGGACAAUGCUCUGCACUGGGCAUGUUUUAAAGGCCAAGCUGAACUUGUGAGACUGCUGAUCUUCUCAGGCUUCAACCCCAGACAGAGAGACAACUAUGGACAGACACCCCUCCAUCUCGCCUGUAUCAACGGCAACCUGAACAUUGUCAAAGAACUUGUAGAGGAGGAUGAUGUAGAGGUGGACCUGGAGGAUAAGAACGGUAAGACUCCCCUGAUGCUGGCCAUUGGAAGGAAACACCACAGCAUCGAGGCAUAUCUGAAGAAUAGGCUGGAGAGGAAGAGGACCAUACUCGGGUCCAUGCCAAAAUUUGACUGGUCAACACUGUUGUGGGGACCUCCAGGCAACAGCAAGGGUGCCUUACUCUUCUUCAUCUGUAGUGUUCUCUUCUGGGGCUAUCCAAUGUAUAUAUUCAAGGUCAUCCCCUACACUCUACAGGAAAUGCAGGCUCUACACCUGCUCUUCUUCCUGGACAACUGUCUGAUGUGGUACUUCCUGUACAAGGCUUCCACCACAGAACCUGGGUACCUGCCAAGGGAUACCGAGGAGUACCACAACUCCAUCAGACAGGCUGCCCAUUUUGAUGAGUGGCAGGCAGGAGCCAAUCCUCUCACCCGUCUGUGUCAUACGUGUCGCCUGGUCAAACCUCUCCGCAGCAAGCACUGCCGCGUCUGUAACCGCUGUGUGGACUGCUUCGACCAUCACUGCCCCUACAUCUAUAACUGUGUGGGCUUCAGGAAUAGAGGGGCUUUCUUGUGCUUCGUCACCUCCACACUGACAGUCAUGUGGAUCAGCAUCUACCUUGUGUGGGGGGUACUGAGCGAGCAGGGCUGGGACAUCCUCAUGCUCAUUGGGUUUCUGGAGUUGGUGUUUUUCAGCUUUAUUGCCUUAGCUGUCUCUGGCAUGGCUUGGUAUAUGGUUGCUAUGAACAUCACCACAAAUGAGAGGCUGAACAUGAAGCGAUACGAGUACCUGAAGGAUGGCAACGGGCGCUUCUACAACCCCUUCAUGAGAACGAUGAAGGACAACUGUAUGGAGUACUUCCACAUGAAGAAACCUCUGUCUGAAGUAGAGGUGGAGUUCAUGAGCGCACGGGUCAACAUUGUAUAGUACACAGUCUGACUUCUCACUGUGGAAAUUGUACAGAAUAGAACUCAAUUAAACAAUUUGAGAGAUGAAAUAGAUCAUUGGAUAUCGGGUCUCUCAGUGGUUACAUAAACUCUCCACAAAGAACUACAAUGUACCAGUAUGUUGCUCUGGUCUCACUUUGUCAGUCUUUGAAUUGACUUUGCUGACUGUAUGUUUGUGUUGCCAUGAAUAUAGAUGUGUAAAGAUCUUUUGAAACCAAUGUACAAGUGUGCAUCAGGAAAUACAGUUCUUGAUCAUUUUGUAAUUUUUCAGGGUUACAUGGCAUUAGAGACCAUGGGCCAUACAACAGCAAUGCCCUGAUAUAUCCAGAAUAUAAAGGACCAUCUAAUGUUUCUGCUGUAUGUAAAGGCGCUCAAAUUUUAUGGUGCCAUUAUCAACUAUAAUCUGUUAUCAAAAUUAAUGAAAAUUAUUGAUAUGUGUUCAAAAACACAAUAUACUAGAUUAUAAUAAUUAUGCAUGAUAAGACAAUGUUAUCAAUGUUACCUCUGACUUUUUAAUGGUGAGUGUGUGUGAAAUUUGUUAAUUUAAAAGUGAACAGUCUAUGCAAUUUUUUCUUUUGUCCUGCUAAGAUUAUUUCCUGUUGACUUUCUUGUGCAAAUACAAAAAUGUAACCGCUUUGUUUUUCACAGCUUCAUGAUGUUUCCUGUCAGUGAUGCCACUGAUAAUUGUGGAAGCUAUCUGUUUUUGUUUUAUCCAGUUCUUUUGUAUUAUGUAAUAUUCUACCUAGGUGUCUAACCUUCAUCAAUGCAUCUUAAUAAUACUUAUAUUGUAGGCCUGUUGAGAUAACACAUUGUACUGUUACAGCAUACCAGGGAUUAUACAUGUAUGCAGUAUCAUAUUGGCAGCUCUGAUGUUUUCGUGUUAAUAUCUUCUUUUUUAACAAGAAUAAGAAAUGUCAUUCUAAGAUAUAAAAGACAUUAGUUUCAGGCAGGGCUCUAGCCAGCUCGAAAUUUUUUUCCGUCAGCCAAUUCCCAUUGUCGCGAAAACACUAUUUCAGGAGUUAGAGAGACUGAACUGAGACCUUGAAAAACGGGUUUUAAUGAGAUUAUCGUAUGCGAAAGGGCACCGACACACAUUGUCAACAAUCAUAACAAUAGCAAAACAAACAGUGUGUGGCUUUUACGGUCUUGGACGGCGUCCCCAAGCCGCCUGUAGCUUCCACAAAGUAGCUUUUAUCAGAUUUUUGUCCGUCAAGGUUGACGGAUUGGUUUAAAAAUUUUUCCGUCACAUGCAGCAAAUUUCCGUCAAUUGACGGAAAAACGGACGCUGGCUAAAGCCCUGGUUUCAGGAGACCACAGUAGCACUUUGCAAGUUGAAAGACACAGAGGAUGCAUUUGUUUCUUUCUAUUUGACUGUCUAGAUAUUACUAGGUUGAAUAGAGAAUUUUGUAAAUUUGAUUGUAUAGAAAGUUGUUUUUAGUUUGUUACCACAUGCAAUAUGAUUGAAUUGAAGAACAA